CCCACCCCUUUCCCCGCCCCCUCCCGCCCUCCUCCCCAAACGACGGUGGCCGCACUGGGAGGAAAAACAUUCAGGCACUUCUGUGGGGAAGACUCCGAACGUGAGCCUGGGCGUGGGAGGCGGCCACUGCGCAUGCGCAGAGGUGGUGUUGGUGGAAGGUGAGCUGAGGCUGGAAUUGGAGGCGCGGCGCUUUUGAGUGUUGUCUUAAAUGACCUCACACCCUUGGCCACUGAUCCUGGGCCAAGAUGGGCCAAUCAGAGUCCUUACCCAGAAUUUUUUGAACUGAAACUAAGAAAGAAAAUCCCUCUUCAGUGUGGAAGCCAUAAAAUGUAAAACACAGGAGCUGUCAGCAGCCAUGCAUCCUGCCAUGUGGAACUGAUCUGCAAUGAAAAAGAAUGAAGCUGACAUGCAGAAAGCAGCAGAGAUAAAAAUGAUAUUGCAAAGAUGAAGGAAAAUGGACAUUCCUUGCAAACUGCUGUUGGGAGUAUAAAAUGGGAUAAUCUACAACUCUUCUGGAGAUCAAUUUGGCGGUGGGGGUUUCAGAACCAUGUGUGCUCAGUACUGCAUCUCCUUUGCUGAUGUUGAAAAAGCUCAUAUCAACAUUCGAGAUUUUAUCCACCUCACACCAGUGCUAACUAGCUCCAUUUUGAAUCAAGUAACGGGACGUAAUCUUUUCUUCAAAUGUGAACUCUUCCAGAAAACUGGAUCUUUUAAGAUUCGUGGUGCCCUCAAUGCAAUCAGAGGUUUGAUUCCUGCCACUUCAGAAAGGCCCAAAGCUGUUGUUACUCACAGCAGUGGAAAUCAUGGCCAGGCUCUUGCCUAUGCUGCCAAAUUGGAAGGAAUUCCUGCUUAUAUUGUGGUGCCUCAGACAGCUCCCAACUGUAAAAAACUGGGAAUACAAGCCUAUGGAGCCUCUAUAGUGUUCAGUGAACAGAGUGAUGAGGCCAGAGAAAAAGUUACAAAACAAAUUAUGGAAGAAACGGAAGGCAUCAUGGUACAUCCCAACCAGGAGCCUGCAGUGAUAGCCGGGCAAGGGACAAUUGCCAUGGAAGUGCUGAACCAGGUUCCCUUGGUAGAUGCGCUGGUGGUACCUGUAGGAGGAGGAGGAAUGGUUGCUGGAAUAGCAAUUACAGUUAAGGCUCUGAGACCUAGUGUGAAGGUAUAUGCUGCUGAACCCUUGAAUGCAGAUGACUGCUACCAAUCCAAACUGAAAGGGGAACUGACCCCCAACCCCUACCCUCCAGAAACCAUAGCAGAUGGUGUCAAAUCUAGCAUUGGCUUAAACACCUGGCCUAUUAUAAGGGACCUCGUGGAUGAUGUCUUCACUGUCAGAGAGGAUGAAAUUAAGUAUGCAACCCAGCUGGUGUGGGAGAGAAUGAAACUGCUUAUUGAACCUACAGCUGGUGUUGGAGUGGCUGCUGUUCUGUCUCAGCAUUUUCAAACCAUUUCCCCAGAAGUAAAGAACAUCUGUGUUGUGCUCAGUGGUGGAAAUGUAGACUUAACCUCUGUAACUUGGAUGAAGCAGGCUGAAAGGCCAGCUCCUUAUCAAUCUGUUUUUGUUUAAUUUAUCCAUAAGGAAGAAAUGGGUUUCAAUGUCUCCAGACACUUGUUAAUGUUGUUUCCUAGUCAGUGUUAAGUUCCCAUCUUGCCAUCUUAAACAGCUUUCAAAAUCCUAAUGGAGAGUGUUUAUUUCAGUAAGAUUUAAUAGUUUUUUUGGAUGAAGUAGCAAUCAAAACACACCCAUACUUAACUGAGACACCUUAUCAAGGCCAAGAAAAACCUUUUGCAAAAAGGGACAGCAGACUUCUAGGCUGAAGUAGACACAAGCUUUGCCUAACUACAACCUGUAGAUUCCCAUCCCUAGGUUGCUAACUAGUAGCAAUGAGACAGAAUUCCACCAAAUCCAUUACUCCAUGUCCACUUCUGGCAUUUUUGAAGAAAUCUCACUUUUCACCCAAGGUACUGGUUCUGGUACAUAUGGAUCAUACGUCCAUUUGGGAAAAACUCGUUUAUAGAGGUUCAUCAGUACUGUGUCCUGAGAUUUUAGCUUCCCAUCAAAACUGCACUUCAUAUGGCCAUGAGUACCUAGAAAGAAAACACAGCAAGCUGGUCAAAUUAAAAUAAAAA